AUGAAACAUUUUCAGUUUGUCCUAUUAUGGUUAAUUAUUAGUUUUAUUCUAUCGGCAUUAUCAAUUCGAUUUGGAACAUACAAUAUUCAAACAGGUAGUAAUUUUGAACAUGUUUAUAAUUUAACAGAAACUGCUGAAACCAUCAAUCAACUUGGAGUUGAUAUUAUUGCUUUACAAGAAGUUGAUAAUUUUACAAGUCGUCAUCCAAUAGAUCAAACAUUAUACAUUGCUCAAUACAAUAAAAUACAAUCGUUUCAAUAUUUUCAUUUUGAAAAAAUGAGAAAUUUUCAAAAUGGUGGUUAUGGAAUAUCAAUAUUAUCAAAGCAAAUAUCAAUAAAACGUUUAUUGACAUAUCAUUAUAAUAAUACAACAGCUGAACAAUGUACAAUACAAAAAGAAGGUGAUUAUUGUCAAGGUUUUAUAUUAAUUGAAAUUCCAUUUAAAUAUCAAGAUAAUAUUGAUUUGUCUAUCUAUUUUGGUACAACACAUUUAGGUAUUGGUUUAAAUGGUUCACAACAAUUCAAUUAA